AAAUUUGAUAAAAGCUCAAAAGCAUCUAAAGUGCCGAUCUGGAGGUCGCGUUCACAUAGAAAAUGCUUUCCAGUUCAAUUUCCUGAAGCGAGAUGGUGAUCUUGAAAUUAAAACAGAGGAGCUAUAUCCAAUUAAAGACAUGGCACACAUAUGUAGCGCUGAACGAAGGGUGUUACUUUACCUAGACCAUGACAUGGUGUUUAUUCCGAUAAACAUCCGAGAGACGCACUGGUAUCUUGCUGUGAUCCAUGCAAGAAAUAUGGAGAUACAAGUGCUUGAUUCACUUGAUACUUCACAAGACCGCAAAGACCUCACUGACUCUGUGAGUAUGCACAAACUAAACAAUUAUGAAUUCAAUAUUAACUUAUCCCAAUCUCUAAUUUUAUUUUACCAUAUAUAAAGAUUAAAGGACUGCAAAGACAAAUAGAUAUGAUAUCUCAACGUAAGGAGUUAAAAGACCACAGGUGACCAGACCUCCAAGUUGCUUCUUGGCCGCUCAGAGAAAUAGACAUGGGAUAUGCAAAGCAGACAGAUAGCUCUUCAUGUGGCCUCUUUCUUUUGAACUAUAUCGAAUACUGGACAGGGGAUGAAUUGUCUGAUAGUUUUACCCAGGAUGACAUGUCACACUUUAGGAAAAAAAUGGCUGCUAUAUUACUAUCUUCAGACCUGAAUAAGAGAAGGGGGUGUCUGUUAUACAAAAAUGAAAAAGAAGUUGACUCUGGAAGCCCAUCUGAUGUUGAGAUAUUAGAAAACCCAACAGAUUCUAAUAAGAGGAAACUACUCCACGUGCUUGAUGAUAGCGAAGUAGUGUAUGAAGAUGAGGAAGGCCCUAUUACUCAAGCAGACUUGCAAAGGUGGUUUGUUGAUGAUUGGGAUAAAAGAGCUCCUGUAAAAGUCUCUACCGAUGGUUGCACCAAUGACUUUUUAAUGGUUGGUCUUUCCACAAAGGACAUGCCAGUGACCAAAGCCGAUUCAAUAGAUGUUUUAUGUGAUUAUAUCAUGGCAAUAGAAGACGAUACGACACUAGAGAGAACAUGGGUGCGAAGUUUCAAUCCUUUUAAGAUAGAAAUAUCUGUCAAAGACCUACAAAACAUAUUAACGACAACUCAAUAUAUGAUUCUAAGAUUCACGUAG